ACAACAUCAAAUUUUAUGAUAAAAGAUUGUCAUAUUGAUAAAAAACAAGCAAAUGAUGACAAUGUCACCGCCCUGACGGUGCGAGCAAUGUCCAUGAUUGUAACCUUGUCUCUGUCUUCCGUUUAACUCAAAGAUUGCAUGCCACUUAUAUUACUGAAAGGAAUUGCUUGCAAGUACAUGGUUGAUAAAACAUUUUGUGGAAGUUAGAUCAGGAAAUAUGAUAAUUUUGGUUUCAAGUUGUAUAUUUGUAUGCUUCAUAUCGUUUCUCAUCAAGUUCCUCUAUGAAAUAUGGUGGAAUCCAAUUCGCAUUCAGUCUUCACUCAGGUCACAGGGAAUACAAGGCCCUUCUUACAGAUUUUAUUACGGAAACUCACAAGAUAUGGUCAAAAUGAGAAUGGAAGCCCUGCGGAGUUCCACUGAAUUAUCACAUCAAUUGCUACCUAGAGUUCAGCCUCACAUUUAUUUUUGGAUCAAUCUACAUGGGAAGAACUACGUUAGUUGGCUUGGGCCUCGGCCUCAGUUGGUACUCACUGAACCUAAUCUCGUUAAAGAGGUACUCAGCAAUAGGGAUGAAACGUACCCAAAACCAGAGUUUGAAUCAUAUGUAAAACAGCUCUUUGGGAACGGACUUGUAGCAAUUACAGGAGAAAAGUGGAACAGGCAGCGUAAACUGGCCAAUCAUGCAUUUCAUGGAGAGAACCUGAAAGGUAUGGUUCCAGCGAUGAUUGCAAGUGUGGAGAUGAUGCUUGAAAGAUGGAGGCAGAAUGAAGAAAAGGAGAUUGAGGUGUACCAGGAAUUCAAGCUAUUGACAUCUGAAAUAAUUUCCAGGACAGCCUUUGGAAGCAGCUACCUGGAAGGGCAACACAUUUUCGACAUGCUGGGGAAGCUGGCCCGUAUUCUUAACAAAAAUAGUUAUCAAGUCAGAAUUCGUGCAAUAGAAAAACUUUGGAAAAGAAAAGAUGACACUGAAUCAGAAAAACUUGAACAGGGCAUACGAGACUCUGUCCUUAAGAUGAUAAAUAAGAGAGAAGAGGAUGAAAAGACGGGUGAAGUAGAUAGCUGUGGAAGUGAUUUUCUUGGAGUACUCCUUAAAGCUUACCAGGAAACUGAUGAAAGCAAGAAAAUAUCCAUAGAUGACCUUAUUGAUGAAUGCAAAACGUUCUAUAUUGCUGGACAUGAGACAACCAGUAGUGCACUCACUUGGUGUAUUUUUCUGCUAGCAAUUCACACGGAUUGGCAAGAAAAAGCAAGGCAGGAAGUCCUUGAAUCAUUUGGCCAACGAAUUCCUACUUCAGAUGAAAUCACAAGAUUGAAGAUUAUGAAUAUGAUUGUCAACGAAACUCUAAGGUUAUAUGCGCCCAUUACUAAUCUCAUAAGGGAAGUCCAAAAGGGAAGCAGACUGGGGAAGCUAGUUGCUCCAUCUAGAAUAGACAUAAUCGUUCCACCUCUAGCACUGCACCAGGACCCUGAUAUUUGGGGAGAAGAUGCUCAUCUCUUCAAACCAGAAAGAUUUGCAGAAGGUAUAGCUAAAGCAACCAAGAAUAACAUUGCUGCAUUUCUACCAUUUGGUUUGGGACCAAGAAAUUGCGUAGGCAUGAACUUUGCCAUGGCAGAAACGAAGAUUUCACUCUCAAUGAUCCUGCAGCGUUACAGGUUUACUUUGUCACCAACUUAUGUCCAUUCCCCUACUUUCCUUAUCGCUGUGUGCCCUCAAAAGGGCCUUCAAAUCAAUCUUCAGGCAUUGUAAGACCAGAAAUUUGGUGAUGCUGAAGGUGGAUUUAGCAAGCACUGUAACCGUUGCAGUCUACCAUAAGUGGUAGUUUUCUUAGUAAUUUCAACCGAACAAGAUGUGGUUAGUAUAUAACUGUAGGAGAUGAGCUACUGGUUGUUCAGUUCCCAACAAC